AUCUGAAUAAACAGAAUAUAUCUUUUACUCCUUAAAAAUAAUGCAUGAAAGGCAUAUUUGAUUAUUGGUUCCAUCUUUUCCCUCAUAGGAAGAAAACAUUUCUUACCAGUCCCUAGUCUCAGAGUGGUGAACUCCUGCAGCCAGCAGGCCUCCUGAAAAAUCCAUGGGUGACAGAAGAUUCAUUGACUUCGAAUUCCACGAUUUAAAUUCAAGCCUCAGACCCAGGUUGGGCAAUGCUACUGCCAAUAAUACUUGCAUUGUUGAUGAUUCCUUCAAGUAUAAUCUGAAUGGUGCUGUCUACAGUGUUGUAUUCAUCCUGGGUCUGAUAACGAACAGUGCCUCUCUGUUUGUCUUCUGCUUCCGCAUGAAAAUGAGAAGUGAGACAGCCAUUUUCAUCACAAAUCUGGCCCUCUCUGAUUUGCUCUUUGUCUGCACCCUACCUUUCAAAAUAUUUUACAACUUCAACCGCCACUGGCCUUUUGGUGACACCCUCUGCAAGAUCUCUGGGACUGCAUUCCUUACCAACAUCUAUGGGAGCAUGCUUUUCCUCACCUGUAUUAGCGUGGAUCGUUUCCUGGCCAUUGUUUAUCCCUUUGGAUCUCGUACCAUUAGGACCAGGAGGAAUUCAGCCAUUGUAUGUGCUGGGGUUUGGAUCCUAGUCCUUAGUGGUGGUAUUUCAGCCUCUUUGUUCUCCACCACUAAUGUCAACAAUGCAACUACCACCUGCUUUGAGGGAUUCUCCAAACGUGUCUGGAAGACCUAUCUAUCCAAGAUCACCAUAUUUAUUGAAGUUGUUGGGUUCAUCAUUCCUCUAAUAUUAAAUGUUUCUUGCUCUUCUGUGGUUCUGAGAACCCUCCGCAAGCCUGCAACACUGUCUCAAAUUGGGACUAACAAGAAAAAAGUAUUGAAGAUGAUCACAGUGCAUAUGACAGUUUUUGUGGUAUGCUUUGUGCCCUACAAUUCCAUCCUCUUUCUGUACGCCCUGGUACGCUCCCAAACCAUUACCAAUUGCUUGCUGGAAAGAUUUGCAAAGAUCAUGUACCCAAUCACUUUGUGCCUUGCUACUCUGAACUGUUGCUUUGACCCUUUCAUCUAUUAUUUCACACUUGAGUCCUUUCAGAAAUCUUUCUACAUCAAUAGCCAUAUCAAAAUUGAGUCUCCAUUUAAGACUGAAACACCUCUGACUACAAAGCCUUCCCUUCCAGCUAUUCAAGAGGAAGUUAGUGAUCAAACAAUGAAUAAUGGUGAAUUAAUGCUAGAAUCCACUUUCUAGGUACAAGAACUGUCUUUGAAUCCAGAUGCAUUUUUCCUAUGCUAUGAAUAAUGGAAAAGAUUUAAAGCUGAUGAAACUGAGAAUAUAAUAAUGUGCUGACUAUUAUCAGAUGCAUUGGUUUGAACAUUUAUUGUACAUAUGCUGUUUUGUUAAAUAAUUAUAGGUCAAGUCUAAUUACAACAACCAAAAGGAAUUGCCAAACUCUUUUGCGGGGAUGGAAUGUCAUUGAAUCACAUUAUAUA